CACGAUUCAAUUCGUCGUAGUAGAAUUGUGUAUUUGUACAUAUUCCUAUGUGUACAUAAUUUCCGCGGCACAAUUAAGACGAUUUAAUGAAGUGCAAUUAUUUGAUCACGUUUUAUUUGUUUACUCGAUGCAGUGUUCAUAUUUCGUUAGAUUUCAUUUCAAAUCUACCCUCUCCCAGGUCAGAGAAACAUCUACCAAAUGGUUCAGUUACCUAUAUCCGAUACGAUGAUACAUAACGAUUCCAUCGAAUGCAGUUUUUCUCGUUAUUAAUAAAAAUUCGUAUUAAAAUGGACAACGUCGUGGACCAUGAAAAUUGGUUUAUCCGUGUGAUGUUUACGGUUCGCGUUUACUACUAACGAGAAAGCUUAAUGUACAUGCGUAAAAAAUGCGAACCAAUAAUGUAGAAAAUGUCGUGUUGCAUGUACAUAUAUAUGUAAACAUUACGCAACAUAGCGGUUUCCAGGGGAAACGUAUUCGACAGGACACCGCGAAAUUGUAAAUCGUGUCGUGACCACGGCUACUACGUUUGGAGCAGUGAUACAGUUUUUAUUGUGUUUGGUGGCGGGAGUUCUUUAGUUGUUGGUUAGAAACCAGUGACCGUGUGUUAUCACGGUUGGAGAUUUUGCUUGUGAAAUGUCAAAAUGGCGUCUUCGCAGGACGCUUGGUAUCUGUCGUUAUUAGGACUAGCAGAAAACUUUCGAACGUCAAAUCCGCCGAAUAUCAAGUCGUGUAUACAGUGCUUGCAAGCGGUUUUCAAUUUUAAACCACCCCCAAGGGUCGAAGCGCGUACUCAUCUUCAGCUUGGUAACAUCCUCCUUACGCAUACCAAAAACAUCGAUUUGGCGCGGUCUCACUUAGAACAAGCGUGGCGUUUAAGUCAAAACAUAAACACCUUCGAUGAUGUUAAGUUCGAAGCAGCAAGUGUAGUCGCGGAACUGUAUGAACAACAACAACAACCAAAUCUCAGUAAGCCAAUAUUAAGGAAAGCUAUAGAACUUUCUCAGCACAAUGUAUAUUGGCAUUGCAGACUUAUUUUCCAACUUGCACAAAUACAUGCAUCGGAAAAAGAUUUUGUUGCAGCAAGUAGUUUGCUUGCUGUAGGUGUUGAUUACUCUCAUAUUAGCAAUGCAAGUUAUACAAGAGUUCUGUUCUUAUUGAGCAGAUGUAUGCUAUUAUUAAUAGACAAAAAAUUUACUGAAGUUCAUCCUCUCUUAAAUUCGGCAGGCCAUCAUGUAGAAAAUUGGCAGGGUAGCCCACAUCAGAAAGAAUAUUUAAAAGUAUAUUUUUUGGUACUUCAAGUUUGUCAUUACUUAAUGGCAGGCCAGGUGAAAAGUGUUAAGCCUUGUCUAAAACAAUUACAACAGAGUAUACAGACUAUAAUGUCUCCUAGUUGGCCAGCCGACGAAAUAGUUACAGGUUCAAACAUUGGAGAUAUGUUUAUAUGGAUGCCAAAGGACCAUUUAUACGUUUUGGUAUAUUUAGUAACAGUUAUGCAUUCGAUGCAAGCCGGUUACAUGGACAAAGCUCAAAAAUAUACGGAUAAAGCGUUAACUCAAAUUGAGAAACUCAAAAGUGCUGAUAACAAACCUAUACUCUCCGUUUUUCAAUUAAUGCUAUUGGAACAUAUAGUGAUGUGUCGACUUGUAAUGGGAAAUAAAAGUGUAGCUCUAGCAGAAAUUUCUCAAGCGUGUCAACUUUGUAGAACCCAGCCAAGGUUACUUCAAGGUCAUAGGCCGCAAUUACAUGCUUUAUUAGGAUUGUAUGCAAUGUCAAUGAAUUGUAUGGAGGCUGCAGAAGCACAGUUUACAGCAGCUCUCAGGACGUCACAAGAAAGAGAGCUUUGGACGUUCGCGAAUUUAAAUCUGGCAAUAGUAUACCUCAGAACUAAAAGAGAUAAUGAACUAGGUGCUUUGCUAGAACGAAUAAAUCCCGAAUCUUUGCCAUCUCAUUCGCAUUCUUUAAGAGCAGCAGCGUACUACGUACAAGGACUUCAAGCGUUUUUUGGAGCUAGAUACAACGAAGCAAAGAGAUAUCUCCGUGAAACAUUGAAAAUGGCGAAUUCUGAAGAUUUGAACAGACUUACGUCGUGUAGUCUUGUACUUUUAGGACAUAUAUUUCUUUCUUUAGGAAAUAGCAGAGAAUCUAUGAAUAUGGUGACACCAGCGAUGCAGUUAGCUUCUAAAAUACCUGAUGUUCAUGUACAAUUAUGGGCUACUGCUAUCCUGAAAGAUCUUUAUAGAAUUUGCGGAGAUCCGAAUCGUGAAAGUGAGGCGUAUCAAAUGCAUUGUAAUUUUUCGCAAACGUUGUUGAAAGAUCAUUUUCAAAGCACACAAAUGGGUGAGCACUCUCUCAUACAGUGGACUGACGGGACAGUGCCAGCCUUACCAAGCAAUCCACCACCUUCCACAUCACAAGCCAUUCUUUAAUAUUAUUCAAAAUUUCUACAUUUAAUGAGUGUAAUUUGAAACGUGUAACAUAUUUUGGCGGAGCACAGACAUGUGCUAGGUUUGUACAAUUUUAUUGUUAAAUUACAAAAGGAAUAAUAAUAAAAAAAGGCUAGAGGUACCGAUAAAUUGAACAACGUCAAGAGCCGGAGCUCUGUUACGUGGAAAUUAAUGAAAUUGUUUAUCGUACCGCAAAAGAGUAGUAAGUGGAAUUGCGAUUAGAAUGGGAGAUAAUUAAUUUAAUUUGCUAUGGAUAUCGAUCAAUAUCCAGACUCGCUAAUUAUUAUUCGAACCUUUUCAAGGACACUAUGAAUCACAGAGUUUUAUUUGCGAAGUUUCAUAAAGAUUCUAUAUUAUACAUAGAUUUGUACAAACAAUUUACUGUAGUUGUUUUCUACGUCACAGAGGAUAUGCAAGAGAUGAACAUAUGUAUAGAACUUUGAUAUAUUUUAUUAUUUUGUAUAUUGUAAAUUAUCUUGAACUUCUUUGUUUUCUUCUUUUGUAAUUGUAUACCUGCGAACCAAGAGAAGCAAAAAAAAAUGAAAAAAAAGACGACAACAUUGAUGUCGAGAUUGUCGAAUCAGCACACGUUGAAUGGGAAUUAGACGUUUCUUUGAUGUAAUGGUUAUACCACCGCACAAAGACUUUUCGAAACCAAGCUUAAGUUUAAUUUAUGCUGUAAAGAUAGUAACAAGGGUUAUGAGUAUGCAUUAUCACUUAUGUUUGUAUCGAGAGGCGUAUUAAAAGUACGCCAAGAAGUGUUAAUGACGUUCCACGAGAAAGGACACAAUACGUUUGGCUGAAUUUCAUUCUUUUACAUAUCAUUUGCUCUCUAGAAAACAAAUUCGUCCAUAUGUGAUGCUGCAGGCAUAGGACAUAAUAAAACGAAACGUAACAUUAGUAUUUUAUGAUUACUCCUUGACUUCAUUCGCAUACUUUUUUAAAUUUAGAAUUCCUAUACAUUUUUAUAUUUACAUAAUGUCUGCUUAGUUGGCCGUUGCAACAAUUUAAAUCUAAUCUGUUGUAGUAUUAAAUUGUGAUCGAUUUAUAUCUAAGCAAGAAAAUAAUCAUCAAAAGUCAAAUUUGUAUUGAAUUGAAAACUUUUAUGCAUCAUUGGAAAAAGAAAAAUGGUAAAUAGAAUAACGAUUAUAUUUUCAGCAUACUAUGCUCUUAAAUGACCAAAGUAGGCGUUUAAGUUCGGGCUGUGGACAUUAUAGACAUAUACGUUCAUAAAAAGUGUACUCUUGUACAUGGAUAUAAUGGAGUAAUAGAUACAAUAGGUUGCAGGUUGGCUUUUCUUUUUUACAGAAGUACCGUACCUAUCGUAUGCGUGGUGCGUAUCAGUUGAUGUGUUUUUAUUAAGCAACGUAUGUAUGUAAUGUACAAUUAAAAUAAACAGAAUCGUAAUUAGUAUUAGAUAGAGCAAUAUAUAAAGAAGAAAAAAUAAAGGGGCCUUAAUAUGUGGUAAGCUGAAUGGCAAAGAUGUUCUGCCUAACUCUUUGCUUCGUUUAAAUUAAGAAAUUGUACAUAUUUUAAAUAGUGAAAAUAAUAAAGAAUAAAAUAAUGAGAAUAUAAUUAA